AGGUUCACUACAAGUUUAACAACCUUUCACUUCAUAGGGAGCCUCUGUUGUUAAUUUCCGGUUUCUUCUUUCUUUUUGUUGCAUGUAUUGCAUACAUGCACGCAGACCUGUCAAUCUCGAAGUUUUCUGCUUCAUAUAUUGCUAAACUUCAGUGGGAUGAGGUGCAAGCUACUGUCCAGCGAAUUCAGAAUGUUAUCAAAAGGUGCUUAUCAGCUCAUGAAAAGCUGGAAACUUCAUUACAAGAUCUCUCUAGGACAGGAGAUUUUCAGUCUUGUAAAACAACUCGGAAAUUAGCUGAUGGAUUAUUUAAGGAAUUGUCCAAAGAAUUGAAACUCUUGUUGUGUUUUUUGCAAUCAUCUCCUCAGGCGGCUCAAAUAUUGCCCAAGUUGGAUGCAGGGAAAGCGGGAAAUAAUAUGGAGGUGCUAUAAGUAUGCAUAGGCAAUAGGGUCUUAAUGCA